AUGUACCCGCCCGCACCCCAUCGAGGCGAAGAUGUCGAUGCUGCUAUUCGUCAGACAGAUUCAGAUGCAGCGUUGGCACGACUAUCUGCAGUUAGGAAAGGCUAUCUGAACGACCGCUUCAUCAGUUCCCUGGUGCCUCGGGCACAGCUACAGCCUCUGCGACCACCAUUGAUCAAUAUCGGCACCCAUGUGCGAUCCGAAGCUAUCGACAGACUUGUGGAACAGUGGCUUGACCUCUGCAAGUCGGAGGGGAAACCUUGUCAGAUUGUUAGUCUCGGAGCAGGGAGUGAUACACGGUUUUGGCGUUUAAUGGAUGGACCCUGGAAAGAACAGAUCGGAGCCUAUUUCGAACUCGACUUCCCAGACGUGACCCUGAAGAAAGCAAUGGCCAUUCGCAAUCCGAGAAGUGGGCUCAGCACUACUCUUGGUCAUUCGGAGUUAGAUCUUGGCGGGCAGGCUCUGCACUCGUCUACAUAUCAUCUUUUGCCAUGUGAUCUUCGCAGACCCCCCGUAGAUAUUUUUCCAGGCCUCUUCAAAGAGCAUCUGUCACCUGCUCUUCCAACACUUCUAUUGUUUGAAUGCGUGUUGGUUUACAUGUCUCCGGAGGCCUCAUCCACUUUGAUCCAAUGGUUUGUUGACUUCUUCAGUCCAAGUACCCACACUCCAUCGCCAGGCACUUUGGGAUGUACGGUGUAUGAAAUGUUCGGGCUGGAAGAUUCCUUUGGGCAGGUCAUGAUGAACAAUCUCCGAUGCAAUGUAUCACAAAAGGCGAGAAAUGUUUCUCUUCCUGGGGCGAAGCCAUAUCCUUCGGUAGACUCUCUCCCCGCCCGUUUCCUAAGGCAUGGAUUCACUUCUGCGAAGGCGCUGACUCUUCGGAACAUCAGAAGCAAUUACAUAGAGCCGUCAGAAUUAGAAAGAAUAUCUAGCCUUGAAAUGCUUGAUGAGGUCGAAGAGCUCAAUCUUGUUUUGGAACACUAUGCAAUCACAUGGGGUAUGAAGGCCUUAUCGGCCGCGACAAUAUCCCCAUGGAUUGAAUGGGGCUUGCGUCCGGUCAAACAACAACAUAUCAUAUAG